AUGUCUCAAGCCCUGAAGGAAAUCAAAAAGUAUGCAGGUGACUGGAUCACCGCUGGCGUAGUGGCCGGCGUGUUCACGCUAUACCUCGAGCUCGCGCCGGCGCAUGCCCGCCAGUUUCAGAUCAAUGACCCUAAAAUCAGUCAUUCGUUCGCAAACCCUCAGAUCAUCAACGACACAAAAUUAUACCUUCUUGUAUUUGUGAUUCCGGUUUUGAUUCUCACCAUCGUCAGCUACCUCAAAGCCGGCACUCGGUUCGUCAAAACUGCCCAUUUAUCGAUUCUCGGAUUGUUUCUUAGUUUUGUGUUGACAGGCUUUUUGACCGACUUGCUCAAAAUCUGGAUCUCACGGCCUAGACCUGAUUUUAUGAGUAGAUGCUUGCCCAAGGAAGGCACUCCGUUGGACAAAUAUGUGUCACUCGAGGUAUGCACACAAACCUCAUAUUUUUUGUUGAACGAUGGGUUGAAAUCGUGUCCUUCUGGCCAUCUGUCGUUGUCGAUGUCAGGCGCGUUGUUCUUGUGUCUUUGGCUCAAUGGGCAGUUCAAGUUAUUUAAUAGCAAUAAGCCGCUUUGGAUGCAAUUGAGCAGUUGGUCGUACGUGUUGGUAGCGUUGUUUGUGGCCAUUUCUCGACACAUUGACUAUAGACAUCAUGUGGAAGACAUUUUGUUGGGGUUGUUGAUUGGUGGAAGUUGCAGUUAUUAUGUGUACUUCCGAUAUUUUCCGGCGUUGGGGUCCAGCGAGUCGGAUUUGUCGUUGGACGAGGUGCUGGUGUUGCCAAAGUAG